ACCUCUGAGGGUCGUGGGCCGACGCCAUUUUGGCCCCAGAGGUGCUUCUGGGAAGUCGAGCGCCUACCAGCACACCUGCCCGCCUGCCGGGUACGGCCUCUUCUGCCAGUGCUUCCGAAGCACGGUGCUGCUUUUUUACUCUCCGCACCCUCCAACCCUGUAGUCUGGAGGGAGCCUCUGAGCAUCGGGCCGGGUCACACCGCCGGGAAAGAGGUGACGAGGGCGGCGCGGGGUGCGGACACUCCCCGCCGAGAGCCCACCUGCCAUGGACUUGGAAUAUUACGGCGGCGACCAGUCAGCAGAUGAUGGUGGCGCUACCCCAGUGCAGGAUGAACGGGAUUCAGGGUCAGACGUUGAGGAUGAUGUAAAUGAGCAGCACUCUGGAUCAGACACUGGAAGUGUAGAACGUCAUUCAGAGAAUGAAACUAGUGAUCGAGAAGAUGACCUCAACAAAAGACAUCAUGUGACAGACUCUGAGAAUGAAGACCCCUCAAAUCUCAAUGCUAGUGACUCUGAAAGUGAGGAGCUUCAAGGCCAAAAGGACAGUGACUCUGAAUCUGAAGAACAUGCAGAGCCUCCUCCAAGCGAUUCUGAAAAUGAGGAAAUCAAUCACCAUGGAAGCGACUCUGAGAGUGAGGAGACCAGGAAAUUACCUGUUAGUGACUCUGAAAAUGAGGAACUUCUUAAUGGGCAUGCAAGUGACUCAGAAAAUGAAGACGUUAGAAAGCAUCCUGCCAGUGACUCAGAGAUGGAAGAGCUCCCCAAAAGUCCUGCCAGUGACUCUGAAGCAGAGGAUGCUCUGAAACCUCAAAUCAGUGACUCUGAGAGUGAGGACCCCCCAAGGCACCAAGCCAGUGACUCAGAAAGUGAGGAGCUUCCCAAACCUCAGAUCAGUGACUCGGAAAGUGAGGAGCCUCAGAGGACACAGGCCAGUGACUCCGAAAAUGAGGAGCUUCCCAAACCCCGUAUCAGUGACUCUGAGAGUGAGGACCCCCCAAGGCACCAAGCCAGUGACUCCGAAAGUGAGGAGCUUCCCAAACCCCGUAUCAGUGACUCUGAGAGUGAGGACCCCCCAAGGAACCAGGCCAGUGACUCUGAAAAUGAGGAGCUCCCCAAACCCCGAGUUAGUGAUUCGGAAAGUGAAGACCCCCCAAGGAACCAGGCCAGUGACUCUGAAAAUGAGGAGCUACCCAAACCCCGAGUGAGUGACUCGGAGAGUGAGGAGCCUCAGAAGGGACCUACCAGUGACUCUGAAACUGAGGAUGCUUCCAGAUGCAAACAGAAGCCAGAGUCAGAUGACGACAGUGACGGGGAGAAUAAGGGAGAGGAUACAGAAAUGCAGAACGACUCCUUUCAUUCAGACAGCCAUAUAGACAGGAAAAGGUUUCACAGUUCUGACAGCGAGGAGGAAGAACCCAAAAGGCCAAAAAUUGACAGUGAUGAAGAUGAAGAAAAAGAGGGAGAGGAGGAGAAAGUAGUAAAGCGAAAAGCUGCUGUGCUUUCUGAUAGUGAAGAAGAGAAAGCAUCAUCGAAGAAGAGUCGUGUUGUCUCUGAUGCAGAGAACUCUGACAGCGAUGUUAUAUCAGACAAAUCAGGCAAAAGAGAGAAGACUGUAGCAUCUGACAGUGAAGAAGGAGCAGGGAAAGAAUUAUCUGAUAAGAAAAAUGAAGAGAAGGAUCUGUUUGGGAGUGAUAGUGAGUCAGGGAAUGAAGAAGAAAAUCUUAUUGCGGACAUAUUUGGAGAAUCUGGUGAUGAAGAGGAAGAAGAAUUUACAGGUUUUAACCAAGAAGAUUUGGAAGAAGAAAAAAGUGAAACACAGGUAAAAGAAGCAGAAGAUUCAGAUUCUGAUGAUAACAUAAAAAGGGGAAAACAUAUGGACUUUCUGUCGGAUUUUGAGAUGAUGUUGCAGCGGAAAAAGAGUAUGAGUGGCAAGCGCAGACGGAACCGCGAUGGUGGCACUUUUAUUAGUGACGCUGACGACGUGGUGAGCGCCAUGAUUGUCAAGAUGAACGAAGCUGCCGAGGAAGACAGACAGUUGAACAAUCAAAAAAAGCCAGCACUGAAAAAAUUAACAUUAUUACCUACUGUGGUUAUGCACCUUAAGAAGCAGGACCUUAAAGAAACAUUUAUUGACAGUGGUGUGAUGUCUGCCAUCAAAGAAUGGCUCUCCCCUCUGCCAGAUAGGAGUUUGCCAGCACUAAAGAUUCGAGAGGAGCUCUUGAAGAUUCUGCAAGAGCUACCUAGUGUGAGCCAGGAGACUCUGAAGCAUAGUGGGAUCGGACGAGCAGUGAUGUACCUUUAUAAACACCCCAAGGAGUCAAGGUCCAACAAAGACAUGGCAGGGAAGCUAAUCAAUGAAUGGUCUCGGCCUAUAUUUGGUCUUACGUCAAACUACAAAGGAAUGACAAGAGAAGAAAGGGAACAGAGGGAUCUAGAACAAAUGCCUCAACGACGAAGAAUGAGCAGCACUGGUGGUCAGACACCCCGAAGAGACCUGGAAAAGGUGCUGACAGGAGAGGAGAAGGCUCUUAGACCUGGAGACCCUGGAUUCUGUGCCCGUGCGAGGGUCCCAAUGCCCUCAAACAAGGACUAUGUUGUCAGACCCAAGUGGAAUGUGGAAAUGGAGUCAUCCAGGAGUUUCUUGCUCAGAUGUGAGUGUGGAGGCUGAAUCCAGAGGUGGGAUGGGCCUGGGAGUCUCCGGACUCAAAGGAAGACCUUCACCGCCGAGCAGCAGAGCACCCGCGCGGUGUCUCCUGGGCCCUGCCUUCUUGUAGCUUUCUUUGCAUCGAGCUUCACAGGUGACUCGGUAGUAAACAUGGGGGAGAAGAAUUGGGAAAACCCAUCUCUUUUCACCACUCAGCAUUCUUAAAGAUUGGAAUUGUUUGCAACACUGGGGUCAGCAAGAAGAGUUCACACUGAUCUUGGACAUAAAUGGCAGACCUUUUCAGCAUUUUAAAAAGGGUCAAUUUCUUAGAGACCACAUCUUUUUAAAACAUACAGUCUUUUCAAAAUACAAAAGAAAUAACCCAACAACCAAACCUUUAAUUAUAACGGGCAAACAGGAAGGAGAGGUAAGAAGUAGGCAGUGCCUUGGAUUAAGAGACUUAAUUUUCUUUCCUGUCUGUGUCGGGUGUGUUUCUUUAACCUACGUCUAAUUGAUUGCAGAGUAGUAGUCACGGUCACAUUGAUGUGUAUCUUGAGCACUGCCAGCCUGUGUGCUUGUAUUUGACCAAAUUUUCUCAGUUACUUCUCCCAGCAGUCCUGGAAGGAGUACGGACGGACCAGGGGCACAGGACCUGCUGAGGCCUGAAACUAGAGCUCUAGCUCUUGCUGGGUUUCCUUUGCUAAAGCUCUGGCUUCAUCCCUCAUGCUCAGGGCUUUUUCUCAGACGACUCCCUUGCCUUAGAAGACCAUCCUUUAUGCCAACAUUGAAGGUGUGUGUGUCAAGUGGUCAGCUCUACAUUUGAUCUUUGGAAGGGAAACAUAACAGUCAAAAUGAAUCUAAUGGAACUGGAGGGGUCAUAGUUUCAAAUUUUCCUCCUUUCUCUCAUCUAGGAGAUUACCAUGGACGGAAGCAAAAAUUAACAAUAAGGCACAAACAACAGCAAAAUUACUCUUCAGUGAAAGUUUAAUAGGUUUUUCUAACACUGCCGUGUACACUUGAUCUGUUUUUCCUGAGGUCACCAAAGCAUAUUUUGGUUAUUCCAGAGUUAGGAGUUCUUCUUACUGCUAACUUUCAGGUAAAAGAAGAUGAAGUACAAAACUAGGUUUAUGUAUUUCAAUAAUUGCUCUUUAAUUUU